AUGUUCGCUGCUUCCGGAGAAAAGUCAGUUGUGGGAGAAGGAUUGGUCGAGUCGUCCAUUGUUGUACUGGUGAUUUGUGUUGAAGGCGUAAAGGUGUUUGAAGAAGAAGAUUGUGAUGUGGUCCUUGUACCUGAAUGUUCUCCCGAUCUGAAGCCUGUUGUAGGUCAGAAAUUCCAAUCCUUGGAUUUCACUUUCGCUUGCUACGAGGUAUAUGCCCGCGCUGUUGGCUUUGAUACGCGCAAACAAGCUAUGAGGAAGGUUGACGAUGUCCCGACGUGGUAUCGUGUUAUAUGCAAUAGGGAAGGAAGGAAGAAGGGUGAUGAAGAUGACCAGUUGAAUGCCCGUUCUGAUUUCACUAUAAAGCGUAGGAAGUUAUCUAAGCGGUGUGGUUGCACGGCUAGUAUAUGUGUGUAG